AAGGGGGCGUGGCGUUUAUCUUGCGCGGGUUUUUUUUCCCGCGUCGAGGCGCGCUGGCUUGAUAGGCGUCUCCGGCCGGGAGCGCGGCAGGCAGGGCGAUGGGGCUGCUGGAGCAGUGCCGGGAGGCCUUCGACGCCGAAGACCUCUACCAGGUGCUGGGCGUCGGGCGGGAGGCGUCGGGCGAAGAGAUCCGGCGCGGCUACCGCAAGGCCUCCCUCCAGGUGCAUCCCGACCGCGCUCUGCCCGACCAGAAGGAGAGCGCCACGCAGCGCUUCCAGAUCUUGGGCAAAGUAUAUGCUGUGUUGAGCGACAAGGAGCAGCGGGCUUUGUACGAUGAGCAAGGGAUUGUGGAUGAGGAGUCGAGCGUGUUCACCCAGGAACACAAUUGGGAAGAGUAUUGGAGGCUGCUCUUUAAAAAAAUAUCUGUAAAAGAUAUAGAAGACUUUGAAAAGAAGUACAAAGAUUCCGAAGAAGAACUGGAUGACAUUAAAGCCGCAUAUGAGGACUUUAAAGGCAAUAUGGACAAAAUUAUGGAAUCUGUGCUCUGCGUGGAGUAUGCAGACGAGCCUAGAAUAAGAAAAAUUAUACAGCUUGCCAUUGACUCAGGAGAGCUUCCAGUAUAUAAAGCCUUUGUAAAGGAGUCCAAGCAGAAGAUGGCUGCAAGAAAAAGGAGGGCUGAGAAGGAAGCUAAAGAAGCAGAAAAAUCCAGAGAAGAGCUAGGUCUUGGUGAAGGAGAUGACGACUUGAAAGCACUCAUUCAAAGCAGAAAUGAAAAUCGAAAAAAGGAAAUGGAUGACUUCUUGGCUCAGAUGGAAGCAAAGUAUGGAAGCAAAUCCAAAAAUGGAGGGAAAAAAGCAGCACCCAAGAAAGGAAUGAAGUGACUGGUGUAAACAGGGCUCUUUUUUGAGAAGAAAAAUGUAUUAUUUGCAGCUUUACUGUUGGAUAAUAUAUAUCCAGAAACAGGUGGAGAUAUAAAAUCAAAGUAGUUAUUAAGUUCCUCAAAUUGCAAUGAGACUUUUCGUAAAAUCCUUCCAAACUCCCAAUUCAAAAGUCCGAAAAUCUAAAAAGUCUUCGCUGUUUGUAUUAUAUAAAGCAAUAUUGUUUAUGUCAAGAGUGUGUUUAAUCACUUGCUAAGGUAUAUUGUCAGCUGAAUUUUUAGAGAGGUUUUUUUGUAAAAUUAAUAAACAUGUUUCCGAAUAGAUGAUGCAAAA